GCAGCAGAAGGAGUGGGCAUGGCCACAGCAACAGCAGCAGCAGCAGCAGCAGCAACGGCAACAGCAACACUUGGACGCAAUCGCCAACUGGGCCUGAGUCAGGGCCAAGUGGCGAAUGGUAAGCAGAAAGAAUUGUGAGCCUUGUGUUUGCGAUAACGUUUGUGUACCCCCUCCCCCUCAAUUAACGCUGCCAGCGAGGACAGCGCGUCUGCUCAACGGCAACUGUUGCGGCCGACUGUUGCAGGCGACAGCAGCAACAGGGGCCAGUAGGGGCACCAAUACGGGUGCUGCCGGCAGCAACACGGUUAAUAUGGAGACCCAGACUAGCGAUGAGUUGCUGCCGCUGCUAGCCAUGCCCCCACAAGCAGCUCCCGCAACAACAUCAUCAUCAACAACAACAGCAGCAGCAGCAGCAUCAUUAUCAUUAUCAGCCACAUCAACAUCAUCAUCAUCAUCACUAUCAACGAUUUCAUUAGCAACACGUGCAGCAGCAGCAGCAAUGCAGCAGCAGCAGCAACAAUGGACUGCCGUGUCGACGACGCCAGCAACAGGAGUGAUGAUGACGACGACGACGACACAAUCACAAGCAACAUUAGCACCACAACAACAGCAACAACCACUGCCACAACAAAAACAACAAUUAAACAGAAAAACAACAGCAACCACCACAACAACAGCACCAACAACACACAACAGCAACAGCAACAUCAACUUCAACAGCAACAAUAACUAUAUGAAUAACAAUAAUAUUAACGCCGACACUGCCAGAGUCUCUGCCUCUGCCUUCGCCUCCGCCCCUGCCUCUGCAACAGCCACGCCCACUGCCAGAAUACCGCGCCAGCGGCCGAUCCCGCCCCCGGCCCCGCGCACACCCACAGCCACCUCAGCUUCUGUUACUGUAGUUGUGUUCAAAACAAUGUUACCUGAUGACUGAAUUAUUUUAGAAUCGUACACGUAGAGCAUGUUUUAUUAUGAUUACCACUAUGAUUACCACUUACGAAUUACAAUUACGAUUAUGAUUACGAUUAUGAAUAUGAGUAUGUCUGGAUAUCAUUACCUAUUAACUAUUCAUUAGUUAUGGCUUAUCGAUUAUUACUAUUAUUACUAUUACUAUUGCUACAUGCAUAAUGUAGAGCCUAAUUGAUCUAUCGUGUAUUUUAGUUUGUCUAAUUGUUGGAUCCCUGUACUAUAUCCCACACACACAUAAACACACACACACACACUCGCCCAUAUUUGAUCCUCACCCCCACACACACACACACACAUUAUCAUUACUAAGGAAGGAUAUGCAUAUGCAAAGUUGAAACAUUUUAAUCUUGUAA